UGAACUUCUGCUUUAUAAUAAUUCACUCCCUCUUUCAUUUCCCUCAAAACAGAGCCCAUCAAAAUGAGUUCCUCUUCUUCUUCCUCCGAACGGCCACUGAAACCCAUUCCCGGCGGCUACGGCUUCUCCAUUUUUGGGCCCAUCAAGGAUCGCUACGACUACUUCUACAUCCAAGGCCGAGAAAAGUUCUUCCGAACCCGGAUGAGUAAAUACGGGUCAACCGUUUUCCGGGUCAACAUGCCGCCAGGUCCCUUCAUCUCCUCCGAUUCCAGAGUCAUCGUCCUCCUCGACGCUGUCAGUUUUCCGAUCCUCUUCGACACCACCAAGGUCGAGAAACGCAACGUUCUUGACGGAACUUACAUGCCGUCGGUGGCCUUCACCGGCAAUAUUCGCACGUGCGCUUUUCUUGACCCGUCGGAGCCAGAGCACUCUGCUCUCAAGCGCCUGUUCCUCUCUUUUCUCGCCUCUCGCCACGACAAGUUUGUUCCCCUGUUCCGGAGCUCCUUGUCGGAUAUGUUCGAUAAGCUGGACGGGAAAUUGGAGGAAAAGAACGCCGCUGCCGCCGAUUUCAAUCCGAUGAGUGACGCGGCGGCGUUUGACUUCAUCUUCCGGCUGCUCACCGAUCGGAGCCCCGACGAGAAAUUGGGAUCCGAGGGGCCGGGUCUUGUCGAUAAAUGGCUGGCCAUGCAGCUCGCGCCGUUGGCUUCUGCCGGCCUCCCCAAAUUCCUCAGCUGCUUCGAAGAUCUCGUCAUCCACACUUUUCCAUUGCCCUUCUUCCCCGUCAAAAGUUCCUACAGGAAGCUGUACGAUGCGUUUUACGCAUCCUCUGUUUCGUUUCUGGACGAAGCAGAGAGACAGGGGAUAGACAGAGAGGAAGCCUGCCACAAUUUAGUGUUCCUGGCCGGAUUCAACGCGUACGCCGGAAUGAAGGUGAUGCUUCCGAUUCUGCUCAAUUGGGUCGGGUCCGCCGGCGAAGGGCUCCACCGGGAGCUCGCCGAGGAGGUCAGAACCGUCGUCAAGGAAGAAGGGGGCUUGACUUUGGGCGCAAUAGAGAAGAUGAGGCUGCUGAAAUCCGUCGUGUACGAGGUUCUGAGGAUCGACCCGCCGGUGCCGUACCAGUACGCGCGGGCGAAAGAAGAUAUCGUGAUCCAAAGCCACGAUUUCUCCUACAAGAUAAAGAAAGGGGAGAUGAUUUUUGGGUAUCAGCCGAUCGCGACCAGAGACCCGAAGGUUUUCGAGAAUCCGGAGAAGUUCGUCGGCGACAGGUUCGUCGGAGAGAAAGGGGAGAAGCUUCUGAAUUAUGUUUACUGGUCGAACGGCCGGGAGACGGAGGAGCCGACGGCGGAGAACAAGCAGUGUCCGGCGAAGGAUCUGGUGGUGCUGGUGGCCAGGCUAAUUCUGGUGGAGCUCUUCCUCCGUUACGACUCGUUUACCGUCGAGGGGACUCAGUCGUCGCUCGGAUGGACAGUGAAGAUCAAAUCGUUGACCAAAUCGACCGCUAAGGUUUGAUCGUGGUCAACGAGUGCACUGGGUUUCUGUGGACUUGGGCGCACCGGACUGUCUGAUAGGAAUCUGUAAUCUUCGAAAAAGUUAAAUAUUCCGUCUAGGUUUUCGUGGGUUUAUAAGUAUUGUAUUAUUGUAAUUUUA